AUGGCAGAGACCGCAACCACCGAGUCGCUGUCUGCUGCCACGUUGCGCAAGGCCUCGAGUUUGCCUGCCAACGUAUUGGCGCAGCAGCGUCGAGACGACGCGGCGAUGGCGGCGAAUGACAGCGGGCGCGAGACAGACAGCACGCGCGCUGUAUCAGUUGCCGGAGUGGAAGUGGAGGCAGAAGAGGCAGAGGAGGAGACCGAAGAGGCAGAAGAGGAGGCGGAAGAAGCAAAAGAAGAGGCAAACGCGAUGGAGGCAGAAGCGGAGGCAGAAGCGGAGGCAAAACAGGAGGUGGAAAUCGUGAAAGAAGAGGCAGAAGAGGAGGCAGAAGAAGACGUUGUGUCACUUUCGUCGGCGCUGGAGUUGUCGGUGCGUGAUGACGACGGGCAGAACGCAGUCUCUACCCCCAAUGCCGCGACGCCACCGGACGCCGCCAUGUCACCGUCGCCGUCGUCAGUAACGUCGUCGUCCAUGGACGGGCUGGGUAUCACGUUGGAGUCAACGGACGCCACGACGUCUGAUGGCGAUCCUGCGGUCCGACUUGUUGUGGAAUCGGAAAGUGCUCGUGCGUUUCCUACACUGGAGAGGUCUCAUACUUCGGGUGAGCUCAUUGGUCUGCGCUCGAAGGAACAACAGACCGCUGGACUGGCACACUCAGGUGUAUCCUCUGGGACUGCACCUUCGUUUGAAAUUGAGAGCGUGAUGCUGCCGACGGACGGCGUCACGGAGACAGAGAUUGACAGGGCGUCACAUACAGUGUUUUCCGUCGAAGUGCGACUGCAAGGCGGACUGCAGUGGCUCAUCCGCAAGCGCUAUUCGGAUUUUCGGGAGCUCCACGACCGACUCAAGCGGACAAGCUCGCCUGUGAAACAGCUGUUUUUCCCGAAACGCCACGUGUUUCGCAAUCGCCAUCAAAGCGUUGUGGAGCAGCGGCGAAGCGAAUUGGAAAAGUAUAUUAAUGAAGUGCUCGACAUCCGGCCGCUGAUCCGCGUGCCGCUGUUUAACUUUUUGGAAGUAUAUGCGCACAUGGAGUCGUACGAGCGCAAGAUGCAACGACACAAGAAGGAACUGGAAUCAGAGCGGAUGAAGAAUAUGCUGCCACCGGAAUUGCUUGAGGACUUUUCGACAGCUUUCAAGCGCCUGUGCUCGUCCAAGUAUUUGUACCAUGGCAGCACAGCCAGUGAACAAACGGCAGAAGUCGACAGCUCGCGCAGUUCUGCGAGCAGUGCGGCACCGACUUCAUCAGGACCCGCAAGCGGACGAACCCCGACGUCACCAGUCGAAGAGACAACUACAACGAACUCGGCUAGUGUGGGGAAGCCGUCAAAAGACGGCGCGACAGAGGAGCACGCAAGUCGUCCCGGUGUCCUUACGCACACGGCGGGAUCGCAGAUUUGUAUCAGCCGCGCAUCUUUCCGUCGCGACAUUCUUGGUGUUUUCCCUGACAUGCCGUCGAGUUUUGCGAUGCGUUUCAUGAAAGCAGUGUCGGACCGACAAGGCUCUGAUAUUAACAUGGACGAAUUCCUGCGCGCAGUGGCAAUUUUACGCUGCGGCACGAUGGGGGACCAGCUCCAAUUUAUCUUCAACAUGUGCGAUCUGGAUCACGCAGGAAAAGUGCAGAGUUCUGGGCUCAAUAAUUUCUUGGUGUCGCUGCAGGGGCGACAUGUGCUGGAUCGGCCGGAAUACCGCCGUCUGUUGAACGAGGGCUUUGAUCAGGGUCGUGUCCGCAUGGGCUGCGAUGACUUUAUCAAGAUUGUGCCCGAACUCCAAGCUUACCACACGCUUGUGGACUGGAUGGCGCCUUUUGCCGAUAUUCUUUGCGAGACAGCCAACCCGCAGCUACUGGAGUCACAGGAAGAAUUCAAUCCUGCAGUGCAGCAGAAGAUCCUCGCCAACGAAACGCACUUUAAUGCGAAGGAAGUAGCUAUUCUGCAAGAUGCGUUCAACAACUACUGUGCCUCUGGAGGCGGCGAUGCGGUGGACGUGGAUGCGCUAACUAGUGAUUUUCCGCUGGAAAUGUCUGAGGAGCGAUUCUGUCGCGUUUUCUCAUGCUUUGGCUCGCGUGCAAACGGUUGCGAUAUUGACGUGUUUAGUUUUGUGAGUGCACUGUCUACAGCUUGCCGAGGUAGCAUUAAUGAAAAAGCUGCCUUUGCGUUCAAGCUUUUCGCAAGUGCUGGUGAUGGUUCCUUUAUGACCCGUGAGGAUAUAUACGGCAUGCUUCGACUGGACAUUACGCAGAAUCCGGACCUAGAAAAUCAGAUCACAACGCUCAUUGAAAAGAAGCAGCCCUCGCUGAAUGCAACGAAGAGCUCAUCAUCCUCAUCCUUGAUCGAGAGUAUGGGUCCGAGAACACCGUCAGUAUCAGGAUCUGAGUUGGGCGUGUUCGUCGAUGGUGUCAUGAAGAGCUUUGGACACCGGAGGAGCAUCUGGGAUGCAGGCUCAUCGUCGGCGCGGACUGAGGCUUUGACACUAACACUGAGCGAGUUUACAGCAUGGACGGUGAAGCAAAAGUACGAGAUGGCGACACUACGAAUCAUCCGCGAAGUUGCAUUUAUCGAUUUGGGUCUAGUUCCGGCCAAUAAGGAGGAGGAGUUGCUGAUUGUGGCAGGGUGCUAUAUUCCAUACGAUCGUACAACAUUGGUGGAGAACGACCGAUGGUACCUGAUCGAGCGCAAGUGGUAUAUACACUGGUGCAGAUACAUCAAGAUUCAUGUGAAGGAAUCUCUGUCGCUUUCGCCUCCUGCUGCGAGCCCUACCACAUCUGCAACUUCUACUCCUAGUAUGUCUAAGGUGCAGGCUAGUGGUAGUGGCUCUGCGAACAAGGACAACUACAUGAAAAACCUGAAGGGAGAGAUCGUCCGCCCAAAGUGCAUCAACAACUACCCCCUGCUGACGAAUGAUCGUCGUGACCGGAUACUCAAGCCGUCUGAGGAUAUAAAGCUUGGUCGUCAUUAUGUCAUCAUCUCCGAGCAGUUGUGGAUGGCGCUCAAAUUGUGGUACGGUGGUGGCCCCGAGAUUCAGCGGCAGGUAGUCGUUGCCGCCAACGGUGAGUCUCGUUUGGAUAUUUGGGAAUCCGAUGCAAAGAAACGAGCGUUGCAGAAGAAAGCGAAGGAAAAGGAAAACGACACGUCUGAGGAAGAGGAGAAGGGCGACGAUGUGGAGAACGAAUCCGCUUCAGUGUUAUCUGGAGAGGAGGAAUGUCAAAAGCAGGAAUUUGCCCUCCCUCGGCGGAUGCGUUCGGGUGGCUCGGUCGGGCUCACCAAUCUCGGCAAUACGUGUUAUAUGAACUCCGCCUUGCAGUGUCUGACCAACACGAAGUUGCUGGCCGAAUACUUCCUGUCGGGGAUGUAUUUGGAGGAUAUCAACCGUACCAGCACGCUUGGACUUCAAGGAAAGCUGGCGGAAGUUUACGGCAAGCUUGCUGAAGACAUGUGGUGUGUCAAACAGAAAUCAAUAUCUCCCAGAAACUUCAAAAAGUCUAUCGGCAAAUUUAAUGAGGCGUUUCGUGGUAACGAUCAGCAAGACGCGCAGGAAUUACUCGCGUUUCUGCUGAGCGGACUUAGCGAAGACCUGAACCGUAUCCAGGACAAACCUUAUAUUGAGCAGCCCGAUAGCGAUGGCCGUUACGAUGCAGACCUUGCCGAUGAGUGGUGGCGCAAUCAUCUCCGACGUGAAGUAUCGAUCAUUGUGGCUUUGUUCACUGGCCAGUACAAGUCACUGCUUACAUGCAGUGUCUGCAGCUUCAAGUCCGCACGAUUCGAGCCUUUCACCUUCCUGCAGGUUCCGUUGCCCGAGCCCAAGCAUAACACGGUAACGGUGCAGCUGAUGCUUGCAAACGGAGUGACUCCUGUAAAAGUUUCAGUGCGACUGAGUAUUCUAGCAACGAUUUUUGACCUCAAGCACGAACUAAUGAAGAUGUGCCACGAGGAGUUUGACCUGCCUGGCGUGUCGGAGAGCGACAUUAAGCUGUGCGAGUUCAGCGGGUCAACAAUACUGAGCUUCAAGGCAGACAACCGCCGAGUAGGACAGAUCCGCAGCAUUGACCGGCUCAUUGCGUUUCAGCUGGAACCGCUCGAUGCAGUAACACUUCAGGCCACGCAGCAUCGCCGUCCGUCAUAUGUUCAAGCUGUUGGGGCGGGUGGGGCGGGUGGACCACGACAAGAAGAAGCUGAUUUCUCGUCUUUCUAUGAGAAGCUGUCAAAGGGUUCUUUGGUUGAUGUGCGCAUGCGAGCGCAGUCGCACGAGCACAUUGCGGCAGUCGUCCUGGAGCCACCCGUAGCACACGCCGACCAUGACAACCAACUUGUUGUGCUCGUUCGACUCCAUCGUUCAGAGGAUGAGCUGAAGGUUCCGCUAAGCAGGUUGCGACCUCGCCAAGCGCGACUGCUAUACAUCCCCCUGCUUUCGCGCAAGCUGAGUUACUCGGCUGUGUACUUCAAGAACCCGUUCAGGCCUGUUCCCUUUGGCUCGCCAAACAUUGUUCGGCUUUGUCCGGAGCUUACUAGUGGUCUCGAUUUGUAUCAACUAGUGUGGGAACGCGUGAAGAGGUACGUGGGCCCGAACGCGCUACCUCCAACCGAGUGGGCAGGCGAAGACGCGCAAGACGCCGACCGCCUGGUUGCUAACCACAUUGACAGCGUUUUUGCGGGUCUCGACAAUGCUUCCGUGACAUUUAGCUCAACGUGUGGGUUCUUGCUGCGCCGUGUUGAGAACAAGGGGCUGACUGAUUCGCGGUCGUCGUGGCUCACGCGGAGCUUCGGUUUCACGAUUCCGUGUACGUCCGAUCCCCUCGACAUUCUGGAAGAAGAAGCUAUUGCUAUCGAUUGGGACCUGAGUGUGUUUCAGGACCGUGAGAUGAUGGACAAGAUGAAGCAGAUCGAGAGCCACGAUAGCGUCGCACGUAACGAGGCCAUCGACAAGGGCCCAGUUCCCUUGAAGCACUGCUUGGACGCGUUCACGAGCGAAGAGAAGAUCAGUGAGGGCUACUGCUCUAGCUGCAGACGACACCAGGAAAUGACGAAGAAGCUCGAGAUCUGGCGUUUGCCGCCCGUGAUGGUGGUGCACCUGAAGCGUUUUCAGUACACACAGACUUACCGUCGGAAGCUAGCUUCGCUUGUUGAGUUUCCGAUUCAUGAUUUGGACCUCUCGGCCUGCGUGGCUCCUCAUGCCGACAUUCCGGAGAAGUAUCCGUUGAAAAGACCGAAAGGUAAAUUGGUACCAGCCCCUGCACGAAAGCUCAUGAAGCUCAGGUCUCGAGGUGGGAGCACGCGUAGCAGCGGAUCUGACAACACGUCGAAUGAAGCUGCUCGAUCCGACACUGAUAAGACCAAUGAGCUACCGACAGAUAAAGAACCGGGCGAAGAUACAUCGGCUGAAAAGCUUGUGGAUAGCGAGCCGUCAGCAGAUGCCUCUGUCGUAGGUGAAGAAGAACCGUCGUCAGACGCGGAAGCUGGUAGCACGGCCGCGCCGGACACCAUAUCGUCAACAGCCGAUAGUGAUCGUGCAGCUGCACUUCAAGCAGCAGCGGUACGCAAUCGCGUGCGUCGUGGAUAUACGAACUCGAACUUGGACCAGUCACGUUGUCUCGAAACCCGGUAUAAUUUGUACGGCGUUGUGAACCACCAGGGUGCACUCGGUGGUGGCCAUUACACGGCGUACGCGAAAAGCUUUGUGGACGAUCAGUGGUAUUAUUACGACGACGAGCGGGUCCGUGUUGUCGAGGAACAACAGGUGGUCAGCCCGUCUGCUUACUUGCUCUUUUAUAUCCGAUCGGACAUGGAAGGCGUGCUUGUGAAGGAUAUGUUCCCGAAAAACAUGAACGCAGGCACGAUCACGGAUGAAGACAUUGAACGCUUUGUCGAGGGUGGCGAUGAGCGCCGAUGUAGCAUCAUGUAA